ACCUUCAGGAUAUAUUAGGUUAUUGUACAAAAAAAGAAUUUUCAAGAUCAAUUAGUAAGUUUCGAUGCUAAGAGGUUACAAACAUUUGUGUGCAGCGACAGUAGCAAGGAGCACUCGUCGGGCGUGCGGUACAUGAGCGCGUGUAACUGCGGCCGCAGUCGGUGUUCGCGGGAGGACCCCUACACCCUGCGGCAGGCUAACUACGGCUUCUACCAGCAGGCUGCAGCAGACUGCGGCGUCUGUAACACGCUGCUAGCUGUGCAUAUGCCCGUAUUCCAGCCAUCCACGCCUACAUUCAGGGCUGCUUCAGUAAAGAACAAUGAGGACUCAGCAGACGCUCCUGAGGUCCAAGCGGAGGGUUCAGGAGAGGGUGGGACCCCAGGGUCAGGCGAGGGCUGCGAGGGCUCCGCGUGGUCUCCGCAUGCGCUGUCUCCUGGCUCAGGCCGUGAUGAUGACCAAGAUGAUGCACCCCCUGACAGAGAAGGAUUCGAUCUGGUGCCAGUCAGAGAGGAAACUACUUCAGGUAACUCUUACUUAGGAAUAUAUGCCAGUAGCACAC